AUUAUUAGACGAGAAACUAAACAUUAUUUUUCAUUCAUUGAGUUUUUGAAAAUUCAUAAAUAUCCAAAUUAGUCACAUAAAUUAAUGGAAAGAAAAGUCAGUAAAAGUUUUAAAUCGUUGUAGGAGUGAUUAAUAGUUUUAGAAUGGCGAGUUUAUUGAAUGAAAGUGAUGAAGAAGUCAACGAAAUAAAUCAAAUACCAGACGAAGAAAUUGGGAGUUUGAAUAAUUUUACUCUGAAUGGCGAACGAGCACCAAUUCCUCAACCGAUUCCACAAGAAAUUGAAUGGUAUCAUGGACGAUUAGAUCGAUAUAGUGCCGAGCAGAGAUUAAAAGCUACAUAUAAGCUCGGAAGUUAUUUGGUGAGAGAAAGCGAUAGAAAACCAGGAAGCUAUGUGCUGUCAUAUUUGGGUAAAACAGGAAUUAACCAUUUUCGCAUUGCUGCCGUAUGUGGUGAUUUUUAUAUUGGUGGACGUCAAUUUUUCUCUUUAAGUGAUUUGAUUGGAUAUUACUUAUGUAAUGAUUUAUUGAAACGUGAGCGACUUAUAAAUGCCAUUCCUCCUCCGGAACCGGUAAAUGAUAAGAAGAGAGUUGUGGCGAUUUUACCAUAUACGAAGAUGGCUGAUACAGACGAAUUGAGUUUUCUGAAAGGAGACAUCUUCUUCGUACAUAAUGAUAUGGGGGAUGGAUGGUUGUGGGCUACAAAACAUCGAACUGGAGAACAGGGAAUGAUUUUUAGGGAACUGGUUGAAGAUCUUGAUCCAUGCAUUGAUCCAAAUACAGUUUUUCCAUGGUUUCAUCCGAAUUGUACCAAAAAUGAAGCUGUCGAUAUGCUCGUGAAAAAUGGACCAGGAAGCUUUCUAGUGAGGCCCAGUGAUAAUUCACCAGGAGAUUAUAGUUUGUUUUUCCAUAUAAACAAUCAAAUUCAAAGAUUUCGAAUUGAAAAGAAAGGUGUUCGGUAUUUGAUGGGAGGAAGGAUUUUUGAAUGUCUUGAUGCAGUCAUAAAUCGUUAUCGAAAGGAGCAAAUAGUUGAAGGACAUACACUUCAGAAUCCAGUUGUUGAUGGUGGACAACCAGAAUUUCAUCAACCAUCUACAGUCACGGCUGCAGCCGAAAAGAUUUAUGCAACUCUGCGUGAAUGUCGUGAUCAAAAUAUACUGAAAAAGAUUAAGGGUAUUAAGCAACAAGGAUAUUUGUUGAAAAAAUCAGAAAAGACGGGAAAAUGGAAGCAAUUAUAUUUUGCUCUUAUAAAUGAAGGCACUGAAACACAUUUAUUCUUUUAUGAUAAUCCCAAGAAGACGAAGCCAAAAGGAUUGAUUGACUUAUCUUGUGCGUAUCUCUAUCAAGUUCAUGAAUCAUUAUGGGAAAAAUCAAAUUGCUUCCAGCUUGUCGAAAGGGCAUUACCAUGUUUAUCAACAAUUACGCAUUUAUGUGACAAGAGUACAGAAACAUAUAUCCAAUGGAUUACGAUUCUAAAGCAAAAUUGUCGAGCGCAAUUUAGUAGAGCACAAUCCAAAGUACCACGCUUACGUGAAUUACGCUGCUUAAAUUUGCAAGUUCUUGAAGCCCAUCGGAUUCCAUUUAAGCUAGUUCCACAUUGCUUUUUAACUAUAGCUCUCAAUCAAAUUAAAAUUGCCAAGACAAAAGUCAAGUCAACGCCAGACCCGAUUUUCGAGGAGGAAUUUGUGAUCGAUGAUUUACCAAUAGAUAUUGCUACUUUAAAUUUGACGUUAGUCUCAAGAGCCAAGAGAAAUAAAGACUCGGAUGUUGCUGAACUAACAAUUGAUUUAUCUACGCUUAAGAAUGGAGCCGAAACUGAAAAUUGGUAUGAUUUAAAUGGAAUCACUCCAAUUGGCGAAUGGGGCUCAGUCAGAUUAAGAAUAAGAUAUAUGGAUGAUCUAGUCAUGCCAGCAGAAGAAUACUCACCAUUACAAGAAUUACUUUUGGAGAAUGAAUUUCAUUCUGUCAAAGCGCUCGCCGAUUUAUGUCACUCAAAUCGUAUUCCUUUAGCAUCAUCAUUAUUGAAAAUCUUUCGAUUUGAGAAAAAAGAAUGCGAGCUCAUCAAGUCAUUGUGCCAUGCAGAAAUUAUUAGAGAAAAUGAUACUUCCACUCUCUUUCGUGCCACAUCUUUGGCUACAACUUUAAUGGAUAUUUACAUGAAAUCUGAAUGCGGAUUAUUUUUACAGUCAGCAUUAUCUGAUACAAUACAAAAAAUGCUCGACAGUAAACGAUCUGCAGAAUUAAACCCAACAAAAAUGGAAGUAAAUGAUGAUGCAUGCACAAAUGCCGAGUUUUUACUUCUUACAUUAGAUCAAAUUACACAAUCCAUAUUCACAUCAAUCGAGUCAUGUCCAAAGGGUGUUCGCUACAUUUGUAAUACUCUCCAAAAAGCUGUUGUAGCGAAAUGGCCUGGUGAACGACUGGUUCGAACACGUGUUGUGUCAGGCUUCAUUUUUCUUCGUCUCUUAUGCCCAGCAUUAUUGAAUCCACGACAAUUCCUACUUGUUCUCGAACCCCCACCUCAGAUGGCAACACGAUCUUUAAUAAUGGUUGCUAAAUGUCUUCAAAAUCUAGCAAAUCUCAUCGAAUUUGGUGGAAAAGGCGAAUUGCCAUCGUUUCAUGAAAGCUAUAUGGAAGUCGUCAAUCCCUUUAUACUGAAGAAUAAGGAGCGAAUGAUUGUGUUCCUUGAUCAACUUUCAAACGUAUCUGAUCCCUUUAUACCACCAAAUAUGGAUCCAUCAUUAUGCAAUAAUAAUUCAGAUACAGGAAGAGACUUAGCAACACUGCAUCACAUUUGCGUUUCACAUCUAAACGAACUUCAAAACAUGUCAAAAGUCAAUAAUUCGAUUAAGAAAUUAGUAACAGUAACGGAAAUGCUGUCGAAACAUAAACUCAGAUAUAUGGAGAUGAUUAAUGAAACUGCACGCUAAAUUCUUUAAAUUGAAGCGCUUAAUUUUACAGUGCGAUUACUCAUUAUAUUAUAUUCAAAUUCUAAUGUAAAGAAGAUAUAAAUAUUUUAAAACGAACGCGCACAUUCGGACAAAUCUUUCUCUUUUUUCGACAUUAAAAAUUAAUUUCUAUUUUACUGUAUGAUUUUUUCUAUGGUGUUGGAAGAAUAGAAUAGUUCUUAGCAAGGAAACAAAAAAAGAAGAGAUUUUAAAGAUACCCAAAAAAAAAAUUAUGCUUUUUUAGGAAACGGUAAGAGUAAUAAUCCUCAUAUCUGCUUAUAUGCAAGAAAAUCCCUCUGCAAAACUAUUCAAACUUUGAAUUAAUCAAUCGGAUCAUAUGAAAUACAUGAAUAUGAAUAUUAUUUUUAUUCGAGUCAAUUAGAUACUCAAAUGAUAGAACGAUAUCAUCAACUGAUAACAAAGGAACAUGCAUUUUUGCUAAAUAAUUAAUAACUGCAAUAUUCAAUCAAAAAACAUUUAUCCCAUUUAGAUGUAUACAUAAUAUACAUAAAGUCAGAUUUUAUGAAAAAAAAAAAUAGAUUCUUUUUUUUCAUUUCAUUUAUUGUUACUAUAAUGUAAUCAUAGUUAAGUGUAAUUCUAGAUUAUGCUAGUCCUUUUUUAUGUGAACCAUUAAACUAAACUUAAAAAAAAGAUCAGAAAUAAAA